AUGAAUUUCACAGAAUCCAUGAGCGUUGUGCAUAGCAGAAUCCAGCAACUUGAACCAGAAAAUGCAUCGAAAAUCAUCGGUUAUCUCUUGUUAAUGCAAGACCAUAGCGACCGCGACAUGAUUCGUCUCGCAUUCUGUCCAGAUUCUGUGAUGCAUUCAGUCAUCAACUGCGUUAAAUACGAAUUAGCUAAAAAUACUCGUUACCAAACCCCUCCUUCCGAUCACCUUACCCGUACUUUUGGCUCAUUCACAGGUUCAUCUCUCCCAGUUUCUGUUUCUCCUCCUCCAGUUCUCUCCAUGAGAACAGGUUUUUGGGACAACUCUAACGAGAUGGACUCGUUGCAAAACAGUGUUCAGUUCUUGAAUUUGGAGGAUUCUAUGGCCAGCCCUGAAUUUUCUACCGGUUUCUUGCCUCAUGAGCAUCAAGGUUUGCCUUUGAGAACAAGCAGGAGAUCCCCGAGUUUACCCGAGUUUCCUGUCAAAGUCUGCCAUUACUUCAGCAAAGGGUUCUGCAAACACGGAAACAGCUGCAGAUACUUCCACGGGCAGAUUAUACCAGAGAGAGAGAGUUUUGCUCAAAUGUUUAAUCCAAACAACAACCUAAGUGACGAAGAGCAUGUUGUUUCCCACGGGUCACUUGAGAAGCUCGAAGGAGAGAUCAUCGAGUUGCUCAAAUCGAGAAGAGGCGCUCCAAUUUCCAUAGCUUCAUUACCAAUGAUGUACUACGAGAAAUACGGUAGGACGCUUCAAGCGGAAGGAUAUCUCACAGAGUCACAAAGACACGGCAAAGCUGGCUAUAGCCUCACCAAGCUUCUCGCUCGCUUGAAGAAUACCAUCCGCCUCAUUGACAGGCCUCAUGGGCAGCAUUCGGUUAUUUUAGCUGAAGAUAUAUCAAAGUUUGUGGAAUACAUGGGAGAGAGAAACGAACACGGAGCGAUCCUUGCUAGUUCUAGACAGAUUUAUCUUACAUUUCCGGCAGAGAGUAGUUUUACCGAACAUGAUGUCUCAAACUACUUCUCCAAAUUCGGACUUGUGGAAGAUGUGAGGAUUCCUUGUCAGCAGAAGACAAUGUUUGGAUUUGUAACAUUUGUUUACAUAGAAACGGUCAAACUCAUUCUUGCUAAAGGCAAUCCUCAUUUCAUAUGUGGGGCUCGAGUACUCGUCAAGCCUUACCGGGAAAAAUCACGCUCUAGUCGAUACCUUGACAAUAACAAGCCUCUGCAUGGCAUGCGAUAUGGCUCUCAAUACUUUGACAGAGACUCAGAGAUGAGCACAUUGCCACUGCGCAUUAGCGAGAGCUCAAGACUAAUGAAGAAGCAAUUUCUUGAGGAACAUGAGCAAUCAGUUUCUAAGUCCUUACCGACUUAUUAUUCCUAUAACGGCUUCUCUGAUGACUCGAAGCUAAUAACAGAUGCAGAGCAAGAGGAACAAGCGGGACGGUUGAGCUAUCUAUUGGACUAUUUGAACACUGAAGAUAAUGUCAUGAACAUAACCACUAACUACAAAGACACCGAUCGGAGAAUCCACUGCGAACCUUUGGAUAGUCAGGUCCUGAAUCUACCUGAGAGUCCGUUUUCUUCCCUUUCCGGGAAGGAGAUUUCGACAGUUACAUAG